CGCGCCGCCGCCCCAGCCCCGCCGUGCCCGCCGCUGCCGCCCGCGGCCCCCGCAGCAGCGGCUGCAGCCCGGGGACAUGGCGGAGUAGCUGUGGUCCGCGGAGCAGGGGGAGCGCCGAGCAGCUAUGGUACCUCCCGACAGCUGAGGUGGAGGUAGGCGGUGGCAGCCGACCGCUCGCAGCUUGACCUCGAUUUGUUUUUGGAACUGCGGGCUGGAGCGGCACGUCCGGUGAUCUGGGAGGGAUAAUAACCAGGAGGAUAUCUGGGGCAGCAGCAGCAGCAGCAACAGGAGGGGAAUCCCCCCCUCCCUCCGCCGCUUCCUUGCCCGGCAUGCCGGCACUGCCCCGCUGAGACGUGCAGAGUUUUGGGGUUAAUUUGCGCCUGGCCGCCCCUGGAAUAGAGAGACUCUCCGGAUAUCGGAUCGGUCGGGGUUUGUUGUCUAUGUCGUGUUGGGAAAUCUGGUGGAAUUUUUUCUCGCUCGAGGAGGAAGAGCCCGGUGUUGGCAGUUGGCUUCGUGAUCUUUUUUGGAGGGCGAAGAAAGGGAAGGGAUCUCGCUUGAGCCGUGCGGAGAGAGAGCUCGGACAUGUGUUGUCAGCACAUCUGGGGAAUACAGUCUGCAAGUCCGAAAGGAAAUUUGCUGGGAUCGUUCAAACUGCGAUAUUGAUCUUUGUUAUUUUUUUUCGCCGAGGGAUGCACUUGGCAUGAGAAUCGGAGGAUGGAAAUUGUUUGGGAGGUGCUUUUUCUUCUGCAAGCGAAUUUCAUCGUCUGCAUUUCAGCUCAACAAAAUUCACCAAAAAUCCAUGAAGGCUGGUGGGCUUAUAAGGAGGUGGUCCAAGGAAGCUUUGUUCCUGUACCCUCCUUUUGGGGUUUGGUGAACUCAGCUUGGAAUCUUUGCUCUGUUGGGAAAAGACAGUCACCUGUCAAUAUUGAAACCAGCCAUAUGAUUUUUGAUCCCUUCCUAACUCCUCUUCGCCUAAACACAGGGGGAAGAAAGUUCUGUCCAGGCUGCUCGUGGUGCACUUUACUGAGGUGUGUUAUGGUCAGUGGGACGAUGUACAACACGGGGAGACACGUGUCCCUCCGGUUAGACAAGGAGCACCUGGUGAACAUCUCCGGGGGCCCCAUGACCUACAGCCACCGCCUGGAGGAAAUCCGGUUACACUUUGGCAGCGAGGACAGCCAGGGCUCAGAGCACCUCCUCAAUGGCCAGGCCUUUUCUGGAGAGGUUCAGCUGAUCCACUAUAACCAUGAGUUGUACACAAAUGUCACAGAAGCUGCAAAGAGUCCUAAUGGGUUGGUGGUAGUUUCCAUAUUUAUGAAAGUAUCUGAAUCAUCAAAUCCAUUUCUAAAUCGUAUGCUCAACAGAGACACCAUAACAAGAAUAACAUAUAAGAAUGAUGCAUACUUACUACAGGGGCUUAAUAUUGAGGAACUUUACCCAGAGACAUCUAGUUUCAUUACGUACGAUGGGUCAAUGACAAUUCCACCCUGCUAUGAAACAGCAAGCUGGAUAAUAAUGAACAAACCUGUGUACAUAACAAGGAUGCAGAUGCAUUCUUUGCGACUUCUAAGCCAGAAUCAGCCAUCACAGAUAUUUCUGAGCAUGAGCGACAAUUUCAGACCAGUCCAGCCUCUCAACAAUCGAUGUAUCCGAACCAAUAUCAACUUUAGUUUACAGGGAAAAGAUUGUCCAAACAAUAGAGCACAGAAACUACAGUAUAGAGUAAAUGAAUGGCUCCUCAAAUGAGACAGAGCAGGCAAAAUCCAAAUCCUCAGUGGAAUGCUUCUCCUGGGAAUUGACAUCAUCUGCAAUGCACCCAACCUCCCUCUCUGGCUCACAUGCACUUUGUGCUGUGGGAAAAGAGCUGCCAUGCUGGAAAACUCCUCAAAAUUUAUUCAUGUGAUUGGUGGCCAUUUAAAAACAAAACAAAACAAGACAAAACAAAAGUAUUACAGUAAAUGUGAUUACAAUUUUCCUGAACUAAUUUGGAGUCACAAAGAAAGACUUUUCAGACUUUGUACAUAUGAAAUUCUUAAUCUUCUCCCUCUCUCUCCCUCAACUGAAAAAAAAAAAAAAAAAAAAAGAAAAAAGGUGGAUCAGUACAGCAUCAAAGUGGAGUUGUGUUCUGUGUGCCAAGUAAUCUUGGAAAGCUCUCAUUAUUUCACUAUCAUUAAUGGAUAUUGACAAGACAGAACAAGACUCCUGUAAAGAAAUCAUUUCUAGGUAUGAUCUUUCUGUUCAUUUAAUUUUAAAAGGGACAGACUUUGAUAGAUAAGUAUUGUAAAUAUAUCACUGCAGAAUAUAAAGGAAAUUUAAAUAUUUCCCUCUGUCACAUAUCUGUAGUAGGAUUUGGCAAAACCAGAAUAUAUCCAUUUUCUGUUUCUUGCUUUACAACAGAUCAUACGUUGUGUUGGUUACUAUUAACAACUCAAUAAAUGUGUUUAACAAAUUAAUUUAGUUAAGUUGCUUUGAUUUCUUUUUUCCUUUCUGAAAUGACAAGCCUCUUCUACUUGUGGAUGCAUUAUUUGUGGUUUUAUUUUUUUUCCACUUUUUUUUUUUGUUCUUUUUUUUUAACUUAAUUUCUUUGUUUGCAGCCCAUUCAAGUGAGUGAAGGACAAUUGGGAAUGCACUUAAAGGUGGUAUAACUUAAACUCCACUGGGCUCAGAAGCAGAAAGCAGAUGAAACAUAUCUCAGUUUAAAAUUGUCAUUUUCCUUGCUGAAGCCAUUAUCGGGACAAACAUUCAAUCCUGUAAAUUUGUGGUGACAGGGAUAUUUUUUCUUUACAGAUAAAGCAGGAGCUGGCCUAGUAAAAGCAAAUGCCUUUUUUCUUAUUUAUAAUGGUCAUUCACUGUGUUUGGUUACUGUCAAGAACUCAAUAAAUGUGUUUAACAAGUUCA